UAGAGUUUGACCAGCGAGUCGCUGCACAAGCGUUUUUAGAGAAUUCUAUAUAUGGCAAUAAUUUUAGCUGUCAAAAGUGUCAAAAAUAUUGUCAAACGAGUUUACACAUAACCUAGAUUCUCAUGUUAGUUCCUUCGUUACGGAAGUUUAUAUCGUAUUAUAAUGGCUAAACCGAUUAGAAGCAGUGUGAGGAGCAUGUUAUUUACAAUAAUCAGUAACUAUAAUCAAGUUCGACACGACGAAAAUGAGAGAUUACUAGAAAAGAAGCGAAUAUUGGACGAAAUCAUUCAGGCGACCGCGGGCGUAGAUGACGAAAAUGUUAGAGAAACUAUUGAAAAGCUAGCAAGAGAACUGAAGAAUGUUAUUGAUAAUAACGCAUCAGAAUCAAGUUAUUUAGAGAAAGUGUCUACUAUGACAGGUGUAAGCAUUCGUACACUACGCACAAUUAAAAAAGAGGGCUCUAUUAACCAAGGCCAAUGGAAUACGCCAGGGAAAAAACGACCCCGGCCACCAACUGUGUCAAAUUUAGACAAUUUUGAUGUGUCAGCCAUUCGUAAUAAAAUUAACGAGUUUUAUUGCGUCAAAAAGCAGGUACCUACUCUAAGAGCCUUACAUGCGGAUUUGAAAGAAUCUAUAGGAUUCUCAGGAUGUUGUGAAACACUGAGGAAAAUACUACACGAGAACGGAUUUGAGUUUUAAAAAAAUAAAGAAGAGCGCUCCAUCCUCAUGGAAAAGUUUGAAAUAUCUGGGUGGAGGCAAAGGUUUCUUAGAGAGAUACAUAAAAAACGGCAAGAAGGAAAAAAAAAUUGUGUAUCUUGAUGAGACAUAUGUCCAUCAAAAUUAUAGACCAAAGAAGUCAUGGCAAGGGCCUUCAACUUACAAGCGGCAUAUUAUAGUGCAUGCUGGAUCAGAGCAAGGCUUUGUGCCAAAUGCUUUGCUUGUUUUUAGCACAAAAUCCAAAGCAGCUGACUAUCAUGAUGACAUGAACAGUUCAAAUUUUUUUAAGUGGCUACGAGUAAUGUUAAUCCCAAAUUUGUCUGAGCCCAGUAUAAUUGUUAUGGACAAUGCCAGUUACCAUGUAACACAAAUAAAUAAGCCUCCAACCAUGCACAGCUUAAAGGCUGAAAUUCAAAAAUGGCUAAGGGAAAAUAAUAUCCCAUAUGAAGAGUGUUUCAAAAAGGAAGAAUUGAUGUGCCUUGUCGAGGAAAAUAAAAUUGGUCCCAUAUAUGCAGCAGAGGAGUUAUUGAAGCAGCAUGGGCAUGAGGUCCUUAAAUUGCCUCCAUACCAUUGCAAUCUAAACGCUAUUGAGUUGAUAUGGAGCCUCACAAAGCGAAAAAUAGCCAGCAGAAAUGUGGGGCUACCGGGUUCAGAUACGGAAAACUUGAUCCGGGAAUGUUUUGCAAUGAUUACCCCGGAAGAUUGGAAAAAAUGUACAGACCAUGUAAUAAAUGUGGAACGAAAAUACAAGUCUAAGGACAAUAUUACAGACACUGAACUAGCUCCAUUCAUAAUAGAAGUUCGGGAAAGUGACAAUGACAGUGACAGUUCUCUGUCAGGCAUUGAAUUUCUUGAAUCCGAUUUUGAUUAUGAAUCUUAAAUAAAUAGGCACCUUCUUUAUAAACUAACAAUAUUAAAACUAGAUUGAAACUAGAUUGUGUUUUCUUUCACCUUACUACCUUCAGUUCAGCUCCAUUAUACAAUAUGUCACUUUUUUAUUAUUACUAACGGGAAGCAUAAAUAUUUCCCUUGUGAAGGUUUACUUUAAUAGCACAAGGGAAAUAUUUAUGCUUAAUAAAUAAUCGCCUGUAAUUAACCCGAGUUCAAAACUUCAAAAUAAAACACAAAUGAAGUAAUUUUUAAUCCUAUCAAAAAUAUAAAUGUCAUAUGAGAACCAAGUUAUAUUAAGUUAAGUUAUAUUAUGACAUAUGCCUUGGUUGUUGACUUCAACAACCAAAGAAAUGAGAUCUAAAGGGUGCCGUUUAAUGGUCAGGCCUGAAAUUUAUUUGUAACAACAAAGUAUCAUUUUCUAUAACUUAUCGUUUUUUAGUAUCUCUGAUAAUAAUGAUAACUAUUCAAUCAUAUUUUUAAUUUUUAAGUGGGCUAAAUUAGAGGCCAGGGU